AUUAGGAUAAUUUUGGUGCCACAACUCGCGUGGACGAGUUGUGGUUGGUGGAACUUACUCUCAUCUUCCUUCAAUUCCAGAUCUUAGAAUUCCCAAAAUAGCAAUGGCAACUCCUAAUCAUCUGGGAAAUCAUGACCACCGGUCAAAAGAGCUCUCACAAGUCCUAGUCCUUGAACCACCGCCAAUCAUGAAAUUAUAUGGAGACCAGUUCUUGAAUGACUUCCAAUUGUUGAAAGCAUGGGAGUCACCACUUCCUCUAGACCAAUUCUUGAGCAUCCAUGCACAAUCAGUCAAAGCCCUCCUCACUCCUGGCCGCUAUCCGCUCACCAGAAAUAUCCUCCAGCUGAUCCCCUCACUGCAGCUUGUGGUAACCACCAGUGCUGGCCUUAAUCACAUCGACUUGCCGGAGUUCCAGAGGCGGGGCAUCGCUAUAGCCAGUGCUGGGGAUGUGUACUCCGAAGAUGUAGCUGAUAUGGCAGUAGGAUUAUUGAUUGAUGUGUUGAGGAAGAUAUCAGCUGCUGACCGCUAUGUGAGGAAGGGACUUUGGGAUACAAAAGCAGAGUUUCCUCUUGGCUCUAAGUUGUGCAGCAAGCGAGUUGGGAUAGUUGGUUUAGGAAGCAUUGGCCAAGAAGUUGCAAAAAGGCUCCAGGCCUUUGGUUGCAGAAUCAUGUACACAUCAAGGAACAAGAAGCCAUUUGUUUCAUACCCUUAUUACUCCAAUGUUCUUGAACUCGCAGCUGAUAGCGAUGUGCUAAUUAUAUGUUGUGGUUUAACCGAGCAAACACGCCACAUGAUUAAUAAGGAUGUCAUGUUAGCAUUGGGAAAGGAAGGAGUCAUCAUUAAUAUAGGACGCGGGCCUAUAAUAGAUGAGAAGGAGUUAGUGCAGUGCUUGGUGCAACGAGAGCUGGCAGGAGCUGGGUUGGAUGUGUUUGAGAAUGAGCCUCAUGUUCCAAGAGAGCUUAUAACCAUGGAUAAUGUUGUGUUAUCACCACAUAGGGCUGUCCGUACGCCAGAAACAUUAGCAGCAAUGUGUGAACAUGUGAAAGGGAAUUUGGAAGCUUUCUUCUCGAAUAAACCGUUACUUUCUCCAGUCAUGAAUAUAUGAACAUGCAUGUCAUCCUGCUUCUUUGGAAUUUUGAUUCUCUUCAACAGCAAAAUUGAUUCUCUAAAUUGGUAUGAAUCUUAUCUUAUCUUAUAAUGGUAUAAUACGGUUCUUUCAAUAUAUAUGUAUAUGGAUGAAAGGAGUUAAAUUCCUUGUUGAGGUACAUGCUGAUGCAGUUUAAUUUGGAAUUGGGCAAAAUAUUUGGAAAAAAUUAGGUAAGUAUUUAUAAGCAUAUUUACAGACUUUAAAAAUAAGUCAACUAUUAAUUUCUUAUCUGUAUAUUUUGAUUUCAAAUUUCAUAGCAAUUAAGUUUUUGAUUUUAUGUUCAA